AUGGGCAAAGACUCAAGACCCUUCCUGCUCAAUCCUACCGAACUCUACGAAGCCUUCUGUCUGCUUCGCCCCGCCGAGGAUUUCGUCUACGGGAUCCGCGCACAGGUGGCGCUGACGAUCGCGCAACUCGUCGUGCUCGUGCUGUUCUAUCCGUGGAUUGGCAUGUGCUCCGAGGGAGUCGCUACGGCGACUACCUCGUCGUCGACGGGCGCUGUCCAGAGAGAAGAAGGAGAAGAAGGAGAAGGGGAAGACGAAGCCAAUUUUGAUGCGGAAGAUUCGCAAGAAGAAGAGACAAGUCUCUGCCCUGCUGGCCCUGCCUCUGGAACUGCGGCAGGAAAUCUUCAAGCUGAUCCUGGGCGACCGGGUCCUGCACAUCUUCACCGAUCUCGGCCGGGAGGAAGAUUCAUGGGACAACCUGGGGCAUACGGUGUGCGCCUCGCCCGCGGACACGCCGCAUCACUGGGGAGACAUCACGACCGCAAGUCUGAUCACACGCCCGCCGCAGAUGCAGAGCUGCAUCGCGCUGCUGCAGACCUGUCGGCAGAUCUACUGCGAAUGCAUCGCCCUGCUGUACGCGAGCAACCUGUACGACUUCAACCGGCCGAUGGAGUAUCUGGUGUUUGUGAACAGCAUCCGGCUGCAGCGCCUCCGGCAGAUCCGACAUCUGCAGAUCACGCAGGAGAACUCGGAGAACCAGUACGAGUUGCCACCGACAAACACGCUUCGCACGCAGCCGUCGGGGAUCCAUCUGUGGGAGAAGAUGUGGACGGUCGUGGGCGAGAAGAUGCUCGCGCUGACCACGCUGAAGAUCCGCUUCAAUUACCGCGAGGGAUGGUCCGACUCGGGGACUCCGCGCAAGUACGCAGAGGAUAUGCUGCGUCCGGUGAGGAGGAGCGUGCGCGGCUUGAUGGAAUUUUCGCUCGAGGCGAAUGA